GAUAGCAAUGCAAAACUCCAGUUACAUCCUCCGCUCCAUCGUACAAUGCAUGAACCGGGCCACGACUUUGGACUGGGUUUACGUAGCCUGUUACACGCCCAUGCAGGAGGGAGGGGAAUGCUCCCUCUGGGGGCAAAAAGCCUCAGUUGGUCUUUCAGCGGAUUCAGGAACACAACAAUCUCACUGCAAGCUCUUCUACCAAGAUGAUGGCUGCGUGCUGGCGAACGGCUCCCUGGUGGCGACGGGGGCGACGUUCCCCAGCGCUCAGUACGCCGACCUGCGCGACGUUUGUCAGCUCAACGGGCAACUCCUGCGUGAGCUAACAUUGCCGGCAUAA